AUGGUUGCGUUCACUUACUUGGCCUUGGCCGCCUCGGUCAUCACCAGCGUCUUUGCGUCUCCCAUCGCUAGCCCUGACGCACCUGAUUUCGAGCUGAGCUCCUCCAACCUUGCCCGUCGCCAGGACUACACCCAGAACUACAAGACAAGCGGCAGCAUCAACUUCAGCCCUCGUGCCCAGGACUUUGUAGUUGGCAAAGGCUGGAACACAGGUUCCAAGAGCAGAUCUGUUACCUUCUCUGGCUCAACUUCGGCCAAGAGUGGCACCGUUCUAGUUUCACUGUACGGCUGGGCUACCGGCCCGUUGGUGGAGUACUACGUACAGGAGUACAGCAACGGACAGGGUGCUGCGCAGGGGCAGAAGAUGGGAUCGUUCACAAGCGACGGAUCCGAGUACGACAUCUACAAGCACACGCAGGUCAACCAGCCCUCUAUCCAGGGCACAACUACCUUCACGCAGUACAUUUCCGUGCGCAAGAGCGGUCGCCCUAACGGCGGUACUAUCACCUUCGCCAACCACGUUGCUGCUUGGGAGAAGCACGGCAUGAACCUUGGCACCAUGAAGUAUCAGACCAUUUCCACUGAGGGCUGGGGCAACGCUGCCGGAUCGUCCAAGUACACCGUCUCGGGCAAAUAA